CUUUUUACCCAAAUUUAUAGAGCUUUGACUGGAGACGCCAUGUUGGUGUGCCCCGGAUGGCUGUCGUAAAAGAACAGAAACAUCAGUCAUUGAGUUUUGCCUUUAAACCCAACAGUUAUUAAUAGAGUAGAGCUCCAGAAAUUCGACUUAUGCAAGGACUGUUGAUUUAAGUAAGUCGUCUUUUGACGUACCUAGUCGCCAUUUUUAUGUCACGCAGCGCAAGUGCAAGUGGGUGGAAAUUCAAACAACGAAAAAUAUUGACAGAGUAACAACGUCACCCGUGUGAACCGGCGAUUCAAAUUUCGAGAGGAAGUGAGAAACGUCUGCUUUGAUCAAAUUGUCAAGACAGUCACUGCAAACGACAGUGAUUGAGCUAAAAGAAUGGCUGUAGACGAACGCUUCAGUGUUGUCGACUAUGUGGUGUUCGCCGUCAUGUUACUGCUCUCGGCGCUGAUCGGAAUAUGGUACGGCUGCGGACCUGGUGGAAGACAAAACACCACCGCGGAAUAUCUUCUGGGAGACCGCCAAAUGAAAAGCUGGCCAAUCGCUAUAUCUAUCCUGGUGUCUUUUCUCUCAGCAAUAUCUCUACUGGGCUUGCCGGGAGAGAUAUACACUUAUGGAACUCAGUUUUAUGUUGUGAUUUUGAGCUACGUUUUGGUUUGCGCAGCCGUAAGUACUGUGUACAUUCCAAUGUUUAGACGGAUCAAGAUCAUUUCUGUUAACGAGUACCUUGAAAGACGUUUUUCUUUUGGAGUUAGAAUACUGGGCAGCGGUUUCUUCAUACUUUCCAUAACGUUGUACCUGUUCGUGGCACUGUUUGCUCCAUCGCUGGCACUGGAAGCUGUUGCAGGCAUCCCUCUGACAGUUUCUAUCCUGGCCACUGGCGCUGUUUGUACGUUUUACACAUCUCUGGGUGGUCUGAAGGCCGUGGUAUGGACAGAUGUGUUUCAGUCGGUGAUUAUGCUGGCAGGUCUCGUCAUUGUCGCCGUUACGGGAAGCAUAGAGGUCGGAGGUCUCCAAAAAGUCUGGGAAAUCAAUCAAAAACAUGGACGAAUCCACUUUUUUGACUUCAACCCAGACCCCAGGGUUCGAAACACGUUCUGGACUCUCACCAUGGGAGGGACUAUUGCUCUGUUGCCAGGUUGGGCUGUGACUCAGCAUUUUGUUCAGCGAUAUCUUGCGGUGAAGACGCUCAGGGAUGCUAGAAGAGCGCUGUGGUUGAACAUCCCAGGCCUGUUUCUCGUGGUAACUAUCUGCGUGCUGGACGGAAUGGUGAUAUUUGCCACUUACGCUGACUGUGAUCUUAGAGAACAAAGAAAGAUCACUAGAGGAGACCAGGUUCUGCCAUAUUUCGUUAUCAACAAACUUGGACACCUGAAAGGCCUUCCGGGAAUGUUUACUGCCUGUCUUUAUGGCGCUGCCCUCAGCACAAUAUCAUCUGCACUGAAUGCGAUGUCUUUAGUGACUCUAGAGGACAUAAUUAAGAAGAAGAUACCUCUAACUGACGCACAGGCCACUAAAAUCAGCAAAGUCGUGGCGGUUACAUUUGGUGGAAUAGUAAUGGCUGGAGCAUUUGCUGUAAAAUACACUGGUACAAUGGUGCUACAGCUUGCCUACAGCAAUGCGGGUAUCUGCGGCGGAGCCUUACUUGCAGCGAUCACACUCGGAAUGUUUGUGCCAAGGGUUAACUCAAAGGGCGUGUACCUGGGAGUGUUUGCUGGGUUUGCACUAUCCUUGUGGGUGUUCAUUGGUUCCGUUUUCUAUCCGCCUGAUACGAACCCAGCGGAGCGCUCGGUCAGAGGAUGCCAGUUCUAUCUGGAUGCGCAAGCCUGCGCAGCAAAUAUCACUUUGCCGUGCAACAACCGUUCAAUGGGGAUUCUGGCCAAGUAUGAUGACGGAUUGGUUAGAAACCUGUACAAGCCAUAUACAAAUAAACCAAUAGCUGACCUCUACAGCUUGUCAUAUCUGUGGAUUUCUGGCUUGUCGUUUGGUGUGGCAAUUGUUGUUGGAGUGAUCGCGAGUUUCGCUCUGGAAACUAAACAAGACCGACUCAAGAAAGUGGAUCCCAUGUUACUCUUCCCGACAAAGGUUUGGUUACGUGGAUUUUUGCCUGGUUACAAAUUCACUUGGGAAGAUGAAGCUAAUAAUUUCAGCGAUAAAAUUGACGUCGAGAAAAAGGACCCAGACAAAGUACCAGAUGACCAAAUGAACGAUAACCAGUCAAACCAGGACACAAAAUUGUGAUACAGUGUAUUAUCAUGCAUAUCGUUGACAGUCUGAGGCCAGGUCCACACUACGCCAGAGGAAAUUGAAAAUUGGAGAUUUAUUUCUAAGGUUAGGCCUACCGUCCACACUAA